CCUGUCCAAGUGCUGCCACGCAAUGGUGGCACUCAUCUACCCCUUCAGCUGGCAGCACACCUACAUCCCUGUGCUGCCGCCCGCCAUGAUCGACAUCGUGUGCUCGCCCACCCCCUUCCUCAUCGGGCUGCUGUCCAGCUCGCUGCCACUGCUCAGGGAGCUGCCACUGGAAGAGGUCCUUGUGGUUGACCUCAUCAAUGAUCGGUUCCUCAGACAGAUGGACGAUGAGGAUUCCAUUCUGCCCCGGAAGCUUCAGGUGGCCCUGGAACACAUUCUGGAGCAGAGGAAUGACCUGGCCAGUGACCAGGAUGGGGGGUCCCUGGACUGCACAUACGGCCCUGAGUCCAGUCCCUUGAACGAGGUGGUGUCUGAAGCCUUUGUUCGCUUCUUCGUGGAGAUCGUGGGUCACUACUCCUUGUUCCUGACAUCAGGGGAGCGUGAGGAGAGGACCCUACAGCGGGAGGCCUUCCGCAAAGCCGUGUCCUCCAAGAGCCUCCGCCGAUUCCUGGAGGUCUUCAUGGAGACCCAGACAUUCCGCGGCUUCAUCCAGGAGCGGGAGCUACGUCGGCAGGAUGCCAAGGGUCUGUUUGAGGUCCGAGCCCAAGAGUACCUGGAAACCCUCCCCAGCGGAGAACACAGCGGUGUCAAUAAGUUCCUUAAGGGACUGGGCAGUAAAAUGAAGUUUCUCCACAAGAAAUAACCUCAGCUCAGCUGCCAGGGAAACCUUCUCCUUGAGCUUCCACAGGCUUCAAACAGUUCCAGCAGCCUUUCUGCAAGGUUGGGCCCUGGGCUGUUCCAGGUGCUAGGAGAGUGACCAGGAUGGGUGCCAGCCACCAGCCCGGCCUGCAACCUACCCAGAAUUCCUGCUCCUCAGGAUGGCCCAGAAAGGGAGCUGCCAACCUACAAACCAUUGUCACUGUGUUUGGUUUUGGAUUUGGGGUUUUUUAAAUCUUGGAUAUUAAAAAGAAGAAAAGUGUUUGGAUGUUCUUUUCAUUUGCCAGGGCCAAGAAAAAUCUCUCCUGCUCUGUUUCAUGUCUUCUGGGCCGGUCUAGAGGCAGCUCUGGACUACAUGGAGGGAGAAGAUGGGAAGCAGUGGUGGUGACCAGAGAACAGGAUCAAGGUUCUGCCCUGGUUAGGACUGGGGGAAGGACUGGCUAUACCUACAGACAGUGCCCACAGGUUCAGGAUCCACCCUUCCUUUGCUGACGUGGAGGCCAGAGUAGGAGUGGCAGAGGUGUGUGGCAGUCCCCAGCAGGACAGGUUCUUCUGGACUAGUCAGUGAUGCCACCUGGUGGCAGAC